CGAUGUUGUAUCAACUAUUGCACUCUGGGUUGUUGAAACCAACACAGCGGGUCGGAAGUCGUAGCGGUCCACUCGAGACCCCGCGAUGAGAGGAGGGGAGCAGUGUCGGAAGGCACACCGAGCGCUAGAGGGAAGCUUCUCGUAGGACGUCGGACAUCUCACCCCGGGCGGAUUCAAAGCAAGUGAAGUUUGCUAAUGCUAGUUAGCCAUGCUAGCUAGCUAGCAACAGCUGUACAGACGCUGCAUGGGAUGCGAAGUGCGGACUCGCCUCGUCCAAGAUUAUCACCUCUGCUCUUUUUUUCGUGUGCUUUGUUUCAAGCUAACGACUGGGUGACCGGUUGCCCGCUAAGUCAACCUUAGCGUGUUAACUCGCCUUUUGCCAAAAGCUAGCUAUGUCUUGGCUAUAACGUUAGCAUGCCGUCAUUUUUCGUCACGACUAACGUUUGCUAGUCGAGCGGACCCGCAGUUAACGUUACUUUCCGGCGUUACUUUCACGCGUCUUGGACCGUUGUUUAGUGUCCAAAAGCUACCACGUAAUCUUGAGUACAGAUAUGGUGAUACAUGGAGGUUAUGCAGAGUGUUAUCGAUUCGCCUCUCCGACUUCCCAAGAAACGGCUAACUGGUUAGCAGUGUAACUUUUUUCCCCUUUCACCGUGUCCACUCCAACUCAGCAGGCAGCGGCUGCAGCUCUUUCGACCGCUUAGCCGAUCGCUCGUCCGCGAAGCAAGCAAGCUGGCGACUCUCCGGGUAGACGCGGAUGAUAAGGAGUUGGGAGCGAUGGCCUGGGUGCUGAAGAUGGACGACGCCACCAUCGAGUCUGGGCUGGUGCACGACUUCGAUGCCAGCCUGUCAGGCAUCGGGCAGGAGCUGGGGGCUGGCGCCUACAGUAUGAGUGAUGUGCUGGCUCUGCCCAUAUUCAAGCAGGAGGACUCCAGUCUGCCUCCUGACGGUGAGACCAAAAAUCCCCCAUUCCAGUAUGUGCUGUGCGCUGCCACCUCGCCUGCUGUCAAGCUGCAUGAUGAAACGCUCACAUACCUAAACCAAGGCCAGUCUUAUGAGGUGCGUUUAUUGGACAACAGGAAGUCAGGGGAGUUACCAGAGCUCAACAACAAGAUGGUGAAGAGUAUAGUGCGAGUGGUGUUCCAUGACCGUCGGCUGCAGUACACAGAGCACCAGCAGCUGGAGGGCUGGAAGUGGAAUCGUCCUGGUGACCGUCUCCUUGACAUUGAUAUCCCCAUGUCAGUGGGCAUUGUGGAGCCCAAGACCAACCCCUCCCAGCUCAACGCUGCAGAGUUCCUCUGGGACAUAAACAAGAGAGCAUCUGUCUUUGUACAGGUGCAUUGUAUUAGUACAGAGUUUACUCCCAGGAAGCACGGUGGGGAGAAGGGCGUUCCCUUCAGAAUCCAGAUAGACACCUUCACUGAGGGAGACAGUGGAGAGUACACUGAGCACCUCCACUCAGCUUCCUGCCAAAUUAAAGUCUUCAAGCCAAAAGGGGCGGAUCGCAAGCAGAAGACGGACAGGGAGAAAAUGGAAAAGCGCACAGCUCAAGAAAAGGAGAAGUACCAACCCUCCUAUGAUACCACUAUCCUGUCAGAGAUGAGGCUUGAGCCCAUCAUAGAGGAUGCAGGCGACCACGAGCUGAAAAAGUCCAGCAAGCGGACACUACCCGCUGACUGUGGCGACUCCCUGGCCAAGAGAGGCAGUUGUUCCCCAUGGCCAGACACCGCUUAUGUCAGCACCAACCAGGCAGCUACUCCCUCCUUCACCUCCGCCCCCCUGUCUACAUAUACAGCCUCAUCUGUGCCAGACAGUGACUCCUCAUCUCCAAAUCACCAGGCGGACCCUGUCAGCCAUGGCAACACAGAGCAGUUGAGUCCUACAGCCUCCAUACAGGACACCCAGAAAUGGCUGGUCAAAAACCGCUUCAAUUCCUAUACACGACUAUUUUCCCACUUCUCAGGUUCUGAUUUGUUGAAGCUGACCCGGGAUGACCUGGUCCAAAUUUGUGGACCAGCAGAUGGGAUCAGACUCUUCAAUGCACUUAAAUCCAGGUCAGUGCGUCCAAGGUUGACAGUCUAUGUCUGUCAAGAGUCUCCUAGUGAGAGUCCCCUGCUGGAGAGACGUGGUAACAACGAGAAUGGCGAUCAUAGCAACCCCUCCAGUUUGUACGUAUACCACGCUUUGUACCUGGAGGAGCUAACGGCAGCAGAGCUUAUCAGCAAGAUGGCAUGUGUGUGUAGCGUUCCUCUGGGAAAGAUUAACCAGGUGUAUCGACAGGGCCCCACAGGCAUACACAUCCUACUUAGUGACCAGAUGGUUUACAACUUGUCUGAUGAGAGCUGUUUUUUGAUCAGUACUCUCAAAGAUGAAUCGGGGGAAGGAUUCCAUCUGAUCCUGAAGUAGCAAAGAAACUGCAGACGAACCCUUUGUUCUAGAGCAGAAGCUCCCCUCCCUCUGUCUCCUCCUCUAUCCUGCAUACCCCCCCUGUUCCUUUCUCGUUGUCACUCUUUCUCUCUCUCUCUCUAAACGUUCUCGUUGCUCGAUGGAAGGCAGGGAGACUGAACUAAGCCAUGUAAAUGUUAGAAUCUGACAUGGGUGGGUCCGUUGUUUCAUAUUGAAAACACUAUUAAUGGGGGAGAUGAUUUGAAAGAGAAGAGAUGGGGGGCUGUUGUUUUGGGGAGGGUGAAAGUUUUUAAUGCGCUAUGUACGUUAAUUUUAUUUUUUUAUUUUUAUUUUUUUUUUGUCUGCCUUUUUUUAUAUGGUUCUGUGUCGGAAAAGGAGGAUGUAGAAAAGAGUGUAACGGCCUCAUCAAUCCCCACAAAAUGGGGAAUUUUUUUUUGACCCCCCCCAACACACACACACACACACACACACACCACUUACACAAAACCUGUACCAGGCCAGUAUUUGAUAUCCUAAUUGCUGAAAAGUGUACAAUUUCAAUUGACGUAUACAUAGAGGGAAACCUAACCUACUCAGCAUGCUUUUGCAUUUAGUUAGCCUUUGCUAAUGCUUUGAGGUUGUGGCCUUAGUGAAACCACACCCUUUGGUGAUUCAGCCGAGAUAAUUAUGUUAAUUUCUGGAGAAUUCUGGGUCUCAACAGAGUUAAAUUUUGUUGACUGGUUUCAUAUGUGGAAGGUGUCACUAUCAUUCUUAAAGGAAUUUUUUAAAGUUGUCAAACAGUCAACAUUUCUCAUAUUACACCACAUGUUGUAAUAUGAAGUCAUUUUUAAGGCAAGUGAUGUCUAGUCAUAUCUCUCUACUGAUCUCCUUCCUGCAAUGACGUGACUUCACCUGAUCAAAUCUAAAAUGUAUGUCUGCUUGGCUGAUGCUGUUAUUGUUUUAGUUAAUGCUUUAUGGAGAAAUUCUUCCUGUUACUUUCAUUUCAGUGACACAUUUCGGUGCCAUACUGGCUUUUAAUUAUGGUCAGCCUCCACACGCGAGCACACAUACACACAUACCUUGUUUUGACUUUUGAUUUUUUUUGAUUUUUUUUUUUUGUAUGACCUUGAAAUGCUGAUCAGCGCAGGGGUUUUUUUGUUUCUGUUUUUUGUUUUUUUGUUUGUUUGUUUUUGUUUUUUUCCCCUCCCCCACGCCUUCUGGAAUUUUGGCCAUGAUUUUUCAGGAAUCUGUCCAAUUACUUGUGUGUUAGAGGCAGGAUGAAAGACACUUCUGUAGAAUAUGAAUGAGCAUGAAGCCCCCACUCAAGAAGAGCAGUGACGCCUAUCCGAAACUCUUUAUCAAACGGACCAAACAGGUUUUGCAUAGGUAGGAUGUCUCCAAGGUAAAUCUUCAUUGGUUCUGUACAGAAGCGUCAGAAUUAUUCAGAGUGUUGCGGACGGAAAAUAAAGAACUUUAUCUAGUGGAAUUACUUGUGUACUGCAUGUUCCAUUUAAUGAACCCUCCAUACCGCAAUCUCUGGUAGAAAUGUGUCACUGCAGCGGCAGGGUUACGAGUCUUUUCCUGUAGACUAAAGAAAUUGUGUGUGUGUGUGUGUGUGUGUGUGUGUGUGUGUGUGUGUGUGUGUGUGUGUGUGUGUGUGUGGCAGCACAGAACAGCACAUUUCUUGCCUGCAGAAUUGUGUGGUUUCAUCUAGUUGAACAGAGGUGUAUGUGUGCGUGUGUGUGUGUGUGUGUGUGUGUGUGUGUCUUGCCACUGUCAGAAUACUGACUGGACACCUCACACAGGUCUUGAGCUGCCCUUUUUUCUCAUUUUUUACCCUCUCCCUUCAGGUGAACAUCAUCUGGCAAUGUACAUGUGCAUACUCUGUGUGUGUGUGUGUGUGUGUGUGUGUGUGUGUGUGUGUGUGUGUCAUGCCUGUAAAGUUAAGAAUGUGACUGAGCAUGUGUCUCAUUAUUCGUCCUUGGAGUCCUUGCAUUGAAGAAGAAUUUAGUAAUCUCUAGUUGUCACAUGACCCUUUUCCUGUUGGCAUGAAGAAACGGUUAAGUUUUCCAUGU